AUGCCACAACAGCAGGAGUCUGGAUUACGCGAGUCUCUUGAUAGGUGGAAUCAGUCACGCACACAGCAUUCGCAAGGGUUCAAUGAAGGCGCAAAAACAAUAUUCGCAUCAUGGGCCGACUCGCUAAACGGCAGGGCGCAAGACAUAUAUCAACGGCUUCCUUUAACACAGCAAGACCUGGAGCAAGACCAGGAGCCUGAGUGGUUUUCGCUCUCGCGUACUGAGCGGCUGGUAUUAUUUGUGUGUUGUAUCUUGGGGUCUGCAGGCUGCUUCACAUUGUGUGUGUUCCUGUUCCCCGUUCUUGCCGCAAAACCACGGAAAUUUGGAUUACUGUGGUCCAUGGGCUCGCUACUCUUUGUAGGCGCUUUCGGCGUUCUCCAAGGUCCCGCUGCUUACGUCAAGCACAUCACCUCAAGGGAACGUCUGCCCUUCAGCCUAUUCUUCUUCACUACUUGCUUCCUUACCAUCUACUUUGCUGCAUUCAUGAAAUCAGCUCUCCUCACGAUUCCGUGUGCGAUUCUGGAGUUGAUAGCAGUGAUUUACUACGCAGUAAGCUACUUCCCCUUCGGGGCGUCCGGACUCAGAAUGGUGAGCGCCGUUGGUGUGAACCAAGCAAGAGGCGUACUUAGAAUUUAA